AUGGAACAAUCAGGGAAGAACUCUCAUUCCGAGAAGCCUAAAAAAUUCAAGGGAGAGGAUUUCAAACGUUGGCAGCAGAAAAUGUUGUUUUAUUUAACAACAUUGAAUUUGGCUAAUGUUGUGACAGAAAUUGUACCUAAGGCAGAGGGAGACAAUAUUUUUGCAAAGACUUUGAAUGCAAUUUCUGCUUGGCAACACAAUGAUUUCCUCUGCAAAAAUUACAUUCUCAAUGCCUUGGAUGAUUCGUUGUAUGAUGCAGUCUUCACAACAGCCAAAGAACUGUGGGAGUCAUUGGAGAAGAAAUAUAAAACAGAAGAUGCUGGGUCGAAGAAAUUUGUUGUUAGCAAAUUUCUAGACUUCAAAAUUACGGACUCCAAGCCUGUUGUCAAUCAAGUGGAAGACCUCCAAAAGAUCAUUCAUGAUAUUCUUGCAGAAGGCAUGAAAAUAAGUGAUUCUUUCCAAGUGGCAUCUAUUAUAGAAAAACUUCCUCCAUCUUGGAAAGACUUUAAGAGUUAUCUCAAGCGCUGCAGAUUGAAGAGGAUAACAGAAUAA